AUGAGUAUAACGGACAUUUUUUCGGUCGACAUCGCUCUCCGAACCGGACAAAAUAACACCCAUGAGUCAUAUCUUUACUCCCAUUUGACGGGAGAUAAGAUCCAUGGCGUAGUCACCGUUCGUUCUCAUUGUGAUAUUCGUGUUGACGGGAUCGAAGUAUCGUUUAUAGCCUACCGUCAAUUCCAGGAUCUCAAAUAUUUAAUUGAUGACUCUUCUUUUCCACCUGGAAAGCUCUUCAAAGAACGUCACCGAUAUCAGUUCGAAUUCACCUUUGAGGUACCAGACCAUCUAUCACCGGAUGUCUGCAACCAUAAGAUUACCAGCCCAACCAUCCGACAGGCUCAUCUACGGCCUCCCCCAAGCUUCGGUGAUCCCUCGGUAUCUGGGCUUGGAGGCAAGUUAAAGGAUGACUAUGCACCUCCCACAUGCAAAAUUCUGUAUACCAUCCAAGCCGCUUUGUUCCGCAAUAUUCCCGUGAUCGACAAGCGGGAUAUCUUGCUGGUACACAAGAUCAAGCUACGAGUCAAACCGGCAGUCGACGAAUGGCCGCCGUUAGAUCUUUUGAGUAGCGUGAAUGACUAUUGCUUAGAAGCAGAUCAUGCAGUUCUCGAUAGUCGCACAAAGGAAGAGUACGGCCAAUUGACUGUGACAUUGGAACCACCGAAAAGCUUUCGCCUUCCGUUACGCGACCCGCAUAGUUUGAUUAGCAGCACAGUCAAUCUGUUCCUGCAUUACAAAGUCACAGGAGAGCAGUCAGACUUGCCCCAGCUUCAGUCAUUUCGGGGAAAGCUCGUUGCUACUACCUUCUACACAGCAUCUUAUUAUGAAGACGUACCAUCAAAACAGAAGGAUUUCUUUGGCAGACCGAAGAAUUACUCCGAAACACACUUUCCCCCAUUCUCAUACUCUAUAGCUUCCUUAGACUGGGUACCCGCUGAAGAGAACUGCUACGUAGCAACACUACUAGUGCCCAUCACAUUGCCGCGUCUGAACUUCAUCCCGUCUUUCCAUACCUGCCUUACUUCGCGCGUGUACGCCUUGGAUUUGCGAUUAGUCGUACCUGGGGCUUCUCCAUUCUACCUCAGAGCGCCAGUGCAUAUUUACGCCCAGCGAGACCCAUCCGCGUUGCCGUCAUACAUCGCGACAAUAUGGCAGUCUGCCGAAUACCAAUAUUACUGA